AUGCCCUACACUAUCCUCGUCACCGGCGCCAACAAAGGGAUUGGGUACGAAGCAGUCAAGCUCCUGUCCCAGCGCAAGCCCGAUGCUACCAUCCUCCUUGGCUCCCGCUCCAUCCAGAACGGCGAGGAUGCCAUCGCCAAAAUGAAAUCCUCCCUCCCCUCCCACUCUUUCUCCAACAUCAAAGUCCUCCCCAUCGACAUCACCUCUUCCUCCUCCCUUCAAUCCGCCGCCGAGCACGUCAAAUCCACCUACACUACCCUUGAUGUCCUCAUCAACAACAGCGGCAUCUCGGAGCUCAACGGAGACCCCAAGCACCCGGCCAUCUUUGAUGUCAACAUCCGCGGAGCCAAAGACGCGAUCGAAACCUUCGUCCCCCUCCUCACCCCCAAAAUCGGCAUCGUUACCCUCGUCUCCUCCGUCGUCGGUCCCUGGUACAUGACGGAGCUCGGCGCUGACACACCCCUCCACAAGAAGCUGGAUGAUUACAAGAGCGUAUCAUGGGAGAAGGUGGAGGCAUGGAUGGCGGACUGGCAGGUGUACGCGGAUGGCGGCAAGUCGGAGGACCAGUGGGUGCCGCUGGACAAGGGGGUCAUUGGGAGCCGGUACUGCGCGAGCAAGGCGAUCCUAAACCCAUGGAUCCGGUGGUACGCUGCCAAACAUCCCGAGCUGCAUAUCGCGGUGGUCUGCCCCGGAUACUGCGCGACGGAACUCAACAACUUCCAGGGGACGCGGUCGGCCGCGGAGGGAGGGGAGAGUAUCAUCUGGCCGGUGUUCAACCAGUUUGAGAGCGGAAAGUUCUACCAGGAUGGCAAUGAGAUGUCGUAUGAUACAUUCAAGUGGUAG